AGCAACAAACCAAACAGUUGGUUUUAGUCGAUGUGGCAACGUUGACACGGUUCUCCUACGAAAGCAUUUUAUUUCCACGUUAAAGACGCAGAACACUUUUUAUUCCAAUGGGGCGAAGUAAAUUCGUCUCAUCUGCGCCAAAAAAGGUGAUGCAGCACGGCGAGUUUAUAAAUCGCAUACGAAAAACGCUUUACUAUGGAGGUGUGGACACAACGGAGGCGGAUAUGGAAGUAUCCAUGCCAUUUGCAGAAUAUGCCGCCGAUCUAUUCUCGGAGCCACAUCGCGGCCACUCGCUGCAUCGUUUGAGUUCAAUUGCGGCUGGAAAAACCCAUGCAACACCAUGCUCCCUCAUAAUGGCGCUUAUCUACUUGGAUCGCUUGAAUAGCAUUGAUCCCGGCUAUGGCUACAGAAUCACGCCACAGGAGCUAUUUGUGGUGUCAUUGAUGAUUUCAACGAAAUUCUAUGCCGGCCACGAUGAGCGUUUCUAUUUGGAGGAUUGGGCAAAAGAGGGCAACAUGACCGAGGAAAAACUGAAACAACUGGAACUCGAGUUUCUGACAGCCAUUGACUGGAAGAUAUACAUAUCGAAUGAGCAAUUUUUUGAAAAGCUGAGCAGCGUAGAGCGAACGCUGGCACAGCGUGAGGGCUUGCGGCGUGGCUGGCUAACCUACAGUGAACUGAUGCAGCUAUUGCCCAGCUUUACGUUAAUGAAAUUUCUACUAAAUAACCUGGCUGUUUUGGCCCUGAGCUAUGCGGCAAGUGUGUUCACAAUUGCGGGCGCAUUCUUCAUUGCCAGCCAGCUGCCGGGCACACUAUGGCAUCGACGCAGCGAUAUAGGAAAUGCCACGGCAACUGUUAACCCAACGCUCAAUCCACUGAAGCCCAUUGUGACGCCCAAUGCCACAGAUGCUGCGCCCGUUGGGCUGGCAACUCGAGCGGGUGCUGCACGCAAUGACAGUUGCAAUGCUUUGAAUGUGGAAGCCGAACUUAUGAAACUGGAGCAACAAUAUUGCGACGAGGAAAGACUGAUUGCACUACAACGUAGGCAACGCGAGGAGCGACCCCCAAAUCCUUUGUUACCGCCCAACUAUCGAAUGGACUAUGCCACCAAGCAGCAGGACAACACCGAACAUUGGCUGAACAUCAAGUCACAAUACAGCGAUCAACGUCAUUCGGCAAAUAAUUGGAAUUGGAAUGAAACCAGGAACACAUCCGUCUUUUGGCAAGUCCUCAGCGAAGCGAUAUCUCAUCAGUCGUUCUUGGUGCGCUGGCCGGAGCUGUGGCCAAAGUUCAUCUAAAGUACGAGCCUCAAUAUUUCCUUCAACUCUCUUUUUCUUUUUUAUUAA